CUCGAUAGUUUUGUUUCGUCGUGACUUUCAGUUUUAGUGUUAACACGGUUUAAGUAUAAUUUCUGAAAAGGAGAACGUGCAAAAUAGCCCGAAAUGCCUAACGUUUCAGUGAAGGUAAAAUGGGGCAAGGAAAUGUACCCAGAUGUGGAGGUGAAUACAGACGAUGAACCGGUACUGUUCAAGGCGCAGAUAUUUGCACUGACAGGGGUUCAGCCAGAGAGACAGAAAGUUGUCUGCAAAGGAGUCACAUUACGGGAUGACACAUGGGGCAAUUUUAAAUUGACGAAUAACGCCUUAGUACUUGUCAUGGGCAGUAAAGAGGAAGACGUGCCAGCUGCACCAGUGGAACAGACACGUUUUGUCGAAGACAUGAAUGAAGCUGAACUGGCUACAGCCAUGGAUAUGCCAGAGGGUCUCAUCAACUUGGGUAACACUUGUUACAUGAAUGCUACAGUGCAGUGUCUGAAAACGGUCCCUGAACUUAGAAAUGCCUUGCUCAAUUAUGAUAAAUCAUCAACGGGCGGCGACACAGCGGGAGAACUAACGGCGGCACUAAGCGAGACGGUCUCGGCCCUGGACUCCGGGGGCUCCAGCGCGUGCGGCGUGGCGGCGGCGCGCCUGCUGGGAGCCCUGCACGGCGCGGCGCCUCGCUUCGCGGAGCGGGCGGCCGCGGGGGGCUUCGCGCAGCAGGACGCCUCCGAGUGCUGGACCGAGAUCGUGAGGGCGUUGCAGCAGAGGCUCCCGGCCGCACCCAUGCCAGAUAAGAACGCGACAAGGGCAUCAGUGAUCGAGCAAUACUUCGGAGGUACCCUGGAUGUGGAGCUUGUAUGCUCAGAGGCUGAUGAGCCCCCGACCCACUCUGAGGAGUCAUUCCUCCAGUUGUCCUGUUUCAUAUCACAAGACGUCAAAUAUCUGCAGUCUGGACUUAGAUCUAAAAUGGCUGAGCAUAUAACAAAGAUGUCACAAACACUGGGCAGGGAUGCUGUGUACACAAAAACUAGUAAAAUAAGCCGUCUCCCUGCUUAUUUGACAGUGCAAUUCGUUCGUUUCUACUACAAGGAGAAAGAAUCUAUCAACGCUAAGAUACUAAAAGAUGUUAAAUUCCCUCUGGACUUGGACGUGUAUGAACUCUGCACACCGGAACUACAAGAGAGGCUGACACCGAUGCGAAAUAAAUUCAAGGAGUUGGAAGAUGCGAAAGUACAAUCGUCGCUUAGCUCCGGGAACAAGAGUCACGGGGACAGCAGCAAGGCCAAGAAGAAGCGUGUCUUGCCCUACUGGUUCGAAAACGACGUAGGCAGCAACAACAGCGGCUACUACCGGCUGCAGGCCGUGCUCACGCACCGCGGCCGCUCGUCCUCCUCCGGGCACUACGUGGCGUGGGUGGCGCGCGGCGCGGGCUGGCUGCGCUGCGACGACGACACCGUCACCCCCGUCACCGAGGACGAGGUGCUCAAGCUCAGCGGGGGAGGUGACUGGCACUGCGCCUACCUUCUGCUGUACGGACCUAAAAUCCUGGAGCUCCCCGAGCAGGAUGAGGACGAGCCCAUGGUCACCGACAUAACAGACGAUCCUGCUGGCGAACCCCCCACAGCGCUCGCAUAAAUAAAAACAAAAAAAUAUUCAUAUUUUGGACAUAGUUCAGCUGGAAGAAAGGACUCAGUGAUUGAAUCCUGUACACCUCAAUAACUUAGUUCUUGUGUUUGUGUUUGGAACAUUCAGAAAAACAUUUGCUUGGAUUUAAUUCAUUGUUCUAACCGUUCUUCACGAUCAUUCUAGAACUAGACUCAUUUUUAUAGAAACGUAAACUGAGUCCUUUCUGCUAAAGGAUGUCCAUUUAUAAGGCUGAUUGUAACGCUUACCUUUCGGUGUCCCGCUAAAUAUCUUUUUAUUGGCAAUAAUUUUUUGCUCUGGUCACCCCGGUGUCCAGAAUAAGUAGACCGAAUAAUAUAUUAAAAUGUUUUAUGUCGUAAUAUUGUAUAGUACUGGAAGAAAUUUGUUUUAAUUUAAUAAUUUGAGUGAUACCAAAUUUUUAGAUUAUAAUUUUAGAAUAAUACAGCUUUGGGUUGCAAUGUUUAAAGUUUUGUUACCAUACUUGAGGAAUUCUAUAAAAUCUAUGUCAGUUCCAAAUGAUAGACAAAUAGAUUUGGUAUCCCGUGGCCAGUAAGUUUGAGACAGUGAUCUAAAAAUUGUACUUACGAUUUUUAGAGAUACGAAGCGAUAAUCUAGUUUAAUAUUCACUCUAUUUGGCCUAAAACCUUAACCACUCGAGCCAGGAGGAAACAAAUGAAAACACAACCCCUUUGCCUCAUCGUAAUCGAGAUAUAACAAAAAAAAAAAAUCCAUUCGUUAUAUAAUUUAAUAUGUAUUAGUAAUAUCCUAAACAAUAACGCGGGACAUAUAUUUAUUUAAAACAAAAAAUGUAUAUUGGCAUAUAAUGCUAUCUACAACUAACUGUCUUUUAUAUAUCUUACAAAAUGUCAUCAUACGAUUUUCAUGCAUUAACUUUCAUUAAACUAAAUGUAUUUUAGUUGAAAUAGAUGAUUAAUUUGUAAUACAACAUUUGAG